CCUUUAGACGAAAUUUUUAUACAUAGCGGCGUACAAAUCGGCUUGGCAGUUCAGUGCGCGUACAAGUCUCGUGGGUAGCGGAUGCCAGCAAAGAUUUGGCAAAACUCGUUCGUUGCGACGCGUGCUUAGCAGAUUUUUAAAUUUCACAUCGAAGCGAUAUAUAUACCUCCAUAUAUAUAUAUAUUCAUAUACUGUUGUAUUGUGGAAGCAGUUGGUCCGCAGACUAAUUUAAAAAUGGCAGACGUCAACGCAACGCAAAAGGUGGACUAUUGGAACUUUCUGUUCACUGAUCUGGCAGAUCCCCGCACCAAUGACUGGUUCCUGAUCAAGUCGCCCCUGCCCUUGCUGGGCAUCCUGGCCUUUUACUUAUUCUUUGUUCUUUACUGGGGACCCCGUUUCAUGAAGAAUCGCAAACCCUUCAAGCUGGAACGCACCCUCCUGGUCUACAACUUCUUCCAGGUCGCUCUGAGCGUGUGGAUGGUCUACGAGGGCGUCGUCAUCUGGCAGUACUACAGUUGGCGCUGCCAGCCGGUGGACUGGUCCAGAACCCCCAAGGCCUACCGUGAAGCCCGUGUCGUCUAUGUGUACUACCUGGCCAAGAUCACUGAGCUGCUGGACACCAUCUUCUUCGUGCUCCGCAAGAACGAUCGCCAGGUUACCUUCCUCCAUGUCUACCAUCACACCGUGAUGCCCAUGAUCAGCUGGGGCACCAGCAAGUACUACCCCGGCGGACACGGGACCUUCAUUGGCUGGAUCAACUCCUUCGUGCACAUCAUCAUGUACUCCUACUACUUCCUCUCCGCCUUCGGACCCCAGAUGCAGAAGUACCUGUGGUGGAAGAAGUACAUCACCAACCUGCAAAUGAUCCAGUUCUGCUGCGCCUUCAUUCACCAGACUCAGUUGCUGUACACCGAUUGUGGCUACCCAAGGUGGUCGGUCUGCUUUACCCUGCCCAACGCCGUCUUCUUCUACUUCCUGUUCAAUGACUUCUACCAGAAGUCCUACAAGAAGAAGCAGGCCGCUGCCAAGGCCAAUGCUCUGAUGGCGGAAAACAACAACGAUGGUACCGCCAAGGACCUCAACAAGGCCAUUGAGCUGGACCAGAAGCGGAAGCAGAAGGCCUUGUAGGGCGUCAGCCACCGAAAUGUAUCACCACCCACCACCCCUCCAAAACACACACACAAAGACACACACAUCCCUUCAAUACUCGUACAAAGCGAGGCACCCAUGUUCUAAGUGCAACUUUGUUGACUAAUUUCUUAAGUAAUUCUCCGCCAAAAACUCAAAAAAAAAAAACCCACAAAAAAAAAGAACAAAAAUCU